UUGUUUGUUUAGUAGUCACGGUUUUCUACACUUUUCUGGCUGUUAAAUCAGUAUAAACUCGUUUUGGAGCAGUUAUGGGUGUUCACGAUUUGUGGUCUAUCGUGGAGACGGUUCGUGAGUCGGUGCCGCUGUACAGUUUGAGCGGAAAGACGCUCGCAGUUGAUCUGAGUUUAUGGGUGUGCGAGGCUCAGCAUGUUCAAGCAAUGAUGGGGAGAGUUACCAAGCCCCACUUGAGGAAUUUAUUUUUCAGGGUGUCCUCUCUCACGCUUAUGGGGGUAAAGCUUGUGUUUGUCAUGGAGGGAGAAGCCCCUAAACUUAAAGCAGAAACCAUGAACAAGAGGACGGAAACAAGGUUUGGAGGAUUCAAAAAAGCCUCUGCCCCUAAGUCUACAACAAACACCAGCAGAGGGCGCUUCAAAGCUGUCCUUAGAGAGUGCGCAGAAAUGUUGGACUAUCUAGGUGUGCCAUGGGUGACAGCUGCUGGGGAGGCUGAGGCCAUGUGUGCUUACCUGGACUCACAGGGCCUGGUGGAUGGCUGCAUCACCAAUGAUGGAGAUGCAUUCCUGUAUGGAGCCCGGACUGUCUAUAGGAACUUCAAUAUGAAUAGUAAAGACCCUCAGGUGGACUGUUAUCGGACCUCUCAAGUGCAAACAGAGUUACAUCUGUGCAGAGAGAACCUUGUUGGUCUGGCCAUCUUCCUUGGCUGUGAUUAUAUUCCUAAGGGCGUACCAGGUGUUGGUAAAGAGCAAGCUCUUAAACUUAUCCAGGCACUGAAAGGACAAACGCUUCUGCAGAGGUUCAACCAGUGGAAGGAGAAUAAUGCAGGUGUGUCUGAGGGAGUUGUGAAAAAAGUUCCUCACUGCCACGUGUGUCGACAUCCUGGCUCCUCAAAGGCACACGAGCGUGGCGGCUGUGUGCUCUGCGACAGUAAACGCUUCUGUCAACCUCAGGAUUUUGAUUACCAGUGUCCCUGUGACUGGCACCGCUAUGAACAGACACGCCAGGCUUUGUCUUUGGAGGCAAAUAUCAGGAAGAAAACACUGGCAAGUCAACAGUUCCCUUUCACAGAGAUCAUUAGUGAGUUUCUGAUUUCCAAAGAUAAACCCGUGUCACAUUUCAAGAGGAGACAACCAAAUAUGCUGUUGAUGCAGAAAUUCGCCCAUGACAAAAUGGAGUGGCCGAAGCACUACACCAGUGAAAAGGUUUUAGUCUUGAUGACCUACGCGGAGCUGAUGAACCGAAAAUAUGGGAGAGAAAUGUCCUCCCAAAUCAAGCCCCUCAGAAUAUUGAAACCAAGAGUGAGGAAUGGCAUCGCUUGCUUCGAAGUCAUCUGGGGCACACCAGAACAUUACGCGUUUCCUGAAGAUCAGCCUGCAGAGGGUCAACAUGAGGUGAGGACAGUCGAGGAAGAGUCUCUCUUCCGUGUAGCCUUCCCAGAGGUGGUGGAGAGCUACCUGAGAGACAAAGCUCUGGCUGAAGAAAAUAAGACCAAAAAAAGGAAACCAAAGAGCAAAAAGGAGAAGCCAUCUGAUGUCUCUGAUGGUAUUUCAGACCUCUUGGCUCAGAUGAGCCUUCAGAGUUCCUCUUCAGAAACUGCUACCACUCAACCACAGACGCUGCUUUCUACCAAUUCAAAGACAGAAAACCCAGAGGUGGUGGUUUUGGACACUCCAGUGAACCAUAAACAGCAUAGUGACUCAAGAGAAGAUGACAUCCGUCUGGGUAACUGCCCCAACACUCCUAUGUCUCAUGCAGAAUCAGAGGCUGUUGCUUCACCAUCUGUCUCUGCUGUUAUCGAUGCUCUACACCUGAGUGAUAUUGACUGGGAGGCCUUGUCCUUCACAUCCUCUCCACCUCCACAAGCUGCUACAAACCACACCACUGAGCCCAAGCAGAAUAAAUCCACAGACCGAGACGUCAAGGAAAUAGAGGGCGAAAACACCAAGCAUCAAACCUCUGGUGACGUCAAACAAGCAGAUUCCAGAUCAGCUCUGGAGCUGUGUUUCACAGAGUGUCCUCUAAGGGACAGGGUGCUUAUGAGGAAUACAGCCAAAGCUAUAAACCAGCGGGAGGUACACAAUGAUGUGGUCUCAAAACAAUUAAAUUAUGAGUUAGCCUCUCUCGAACACAUUUCUCCUCACAACUCAAAACCAAAUGGGCAAGUCUCCAGUAAAGGAGGCAGUGACAGUAAGUUGACAGGGAAGGAAUCUGAUGUUAACAAAAAAGAACCACUCAGUGAUAAAAGUCAGUGUGUAAAGAAUAAGGCAGAAACAGAAGCUAGUACCCCAAAACAGCCAACAAUGCCUGCAGUAAAAGGUCAAUGUAAGGCAAAGGACAAAUCCAGUGGUUCCCAAAAACUGCCUCAGAAAUAUAAAUUCGUCAGGGCGGCCAUUUCAUCAUCUGCUGUCGCACCACAGAGGUGCCGCACUGACCCAGGUCAAAGUGACAAAGACAGGAACGUGCCACAGACCACCAAGAAGAGUGUGUGUUCGAGCGUGUGUUCAUCCAGCGAGGACAGUGAUGCAGAGAACCAGCAGUCUGGACCUCAGAGAAAGGCUAAGAUAAAGCCUAGCAACAAAAUCAAGGCCAGCUUCAUUACAGACUUCCCCCUGAAACCAGUUUCUGGACCUAAAACAACCCAACAAGCAAUGAAACCGACUCACUGCCUUCAGCCAUUGGGACACAGUACAGGUGCUGAGAUAAACAGAACACCUGUAUUGACUAAAAGCAAAUGCCAGGAUGUCCCAACAGCUAUUGUGGAUGGCAAUGAUGUUUUUUCUCAGACUCCAGCUUCACCCAUCACCGUGUUAGAUAGUGAUGACUCAGUGAUUUGUGGUGACAGUCCACUGCCACUGGCAGAGAGACUGAGACUGAAAUUCCAGAAGUGAGCAGCACGGUUACACAUUUAAGUUAUUUUAUGUUGAAUGUGAGUGUUUGAGUGGAAUUUUGGAAACAGUAGUUUCCAAAAAAGUCCUGACUCAAGGUACGUUUACAAGCUUUUUACAGUAGAGCUGCAACAAUUAGCUGAUGAGUUAACUUACAGAAAAUUAAUCAUUGACUUUUUUUGACUAUUGAGUAAUGAUUUGAGUAAUAUUUCAAGCAAAUGUAUUGAAGGCUCCAGCUUUUCCAAUAUUAGAAUUUGCUGCUUUUUCUUGUCUUAACAUAAUAGAUUGAAUAUAUUUGGGUUCUGGACUGUUGAUGAGACAAAACAAGACUCGUAAUGACAACAGUAAGGGUUUUAGGAAAUUGUGAUGGACAUUUUUCACGGUUUUCUAAACCAAACAGCUAAUCAAGAAAAGAAGUCAGUCUAAGCUUUGCCACAGUUUUAAGUAUUAAAUGUCAGUUAUCAGUUAUAUGUGGUUUGAAAGCUCCAGAAAAACCUACUAAUUGGACCUUGUGUCAAAAAUGUAUUUUUGUAUAGAUAUUUAUAUAGGUA